AUGUCACACUACCACAUCUUCCUCCCUCCCCCGCCUGCAUGCGUUCCUCCUCUCGACUCCUUCCACAACACCCCUCGUGUCGCUCCACCGCCCCUCGAAUUCCAUACCCUCUCAGCCCCUCCUCGACACGAUGAAUCUUUCCAGAAUUUGUCGUGUAUCGAGGAGGAAGCAACUCAGGACUCUGCACAAGAGAGCCUGAGUGCGUCAGCUCGUCUAGAGCCCCCUUCGGCUGGCUUGAGGCGUUCUCGCUCGCCUACGCCCCAGCCUGCUUUUGGCUCAGGUGUCCUGGGUUCCAGAGGCUUCAAGGAUAAACUGGCGGAUAGGAAAAAUACGCAGAGUAAGGAGGAAGAAAUAGUGCAGAUGCCUCCACCGUCUUUGCCUUUACCAUGGAUGGCGCAGAAGAAGACAAGUCAGGGAGAGAAGCGCCCGGCUGAAGUCUCUGAGGGGUCAGAUCGACCGGGAAAGAAGGUCUUGCUACAGCCUCGUCCUCCUCGAGCCUCCACUCUGCUCCCCGUUCUCCCUUCCAUCAUAUCCCAGCAAUCCCAAGCCAACCCGUCCCCACACGACUCCGAGGACUCUCGCUCUGACCACUCUCUCGGCUCUUCUUUCAAUACGACAGCUACUUCGACUUCGCAGGCUCCACUGCCACCCACCGCUGUAGACGGGAACACCAGUAUCGCCAACUUCCCGGCCUGGUCGGUACCCAUUGCAAAGCUGUCGAGUCUCCAAGAAGUCCUUCGCGCGAGGCCUGAACCUGCUAUCAGAGGACUGCCAGAUGCUGGCUUCAACCAGAAACGAUAUACCCUUAUCGUCUGUAUCGUCUCUGUAGACUCUGCCGUGGAGAGACAGCGAAAGGCGAAUCAAGGUCCUCGUAGCAGGGGUAUUGGGACGGAGGGAGGAACGUUCUGGGUGGGCAAGUGGUCAAUCACAAGCCCGCCUGUCGGGGCAGAUCCCGAGAUGAGCUGUGAUGUCAAGCUUUGGGACCAGUGUGCGAGGCAAUGGGGAGAUGAGAAGUUGAAGAGAGGCGAUGUUGUGUUGCUCGAGAAUGUCGAGCUCAAGCCAGCUUCUGCCCGGGAACCUCCCCACCUCAACAUCACACCGUCGACCAACCCCAAGAUCACCAUUCUAUUCCGAACCAUCCCCAGCUUCACCACCGCAUCCCGCUCCGACUACAUCUACCGUCGACCCAAUACCAUCUUGCCCGACUACGGGGAGAAAAAGGAGGUGGUGAAGGGGGAUAGGCAGUUGAGGCCGGACUUGCGGUUGGGAAAGAGCGAUGUUGGCAUUAGGAAGGUGGGGGAUGUUGUAGCUUGGUUUGAGGAAUGGCUUGGGGUUGGAAAUGGUCGACUGUAG